UCCAGGAAGUAGAAUCAUUUUAAUUACUCAAGACAAGAGUGUUCUUGAGGAGUCAGAAGUGAAUCAUGUGUACGAAGUCGGGUCUUUAAGAUAUGAUGAAGCACUUCAACUCUUCUCACGCUUUGCUUUCAGGCAGCCAUACCCUCCUCCUGAGUUCGAACGCCUCUCAGUUCGUGCGGUUCAGCUCGCAGGGUUUCUUCCAAUGGCCAUUAGACUGUUUGGGUCUUUUUUUUUUAAUUGGUAGAGGUAAAGAGGAAUGGGAAGCUACACUUCUUAAACUCAGUGCAACGGAAAGCAAAGAUAAAACCACAAUGGAACACAGGUUUCAGUGUAAACUAGAGGUGCUAGAUUUGUAAGAGACAAGGCGAUACAACUGUAAAAGAGUCACAACGUAGUCAUGAUCAACACUCGCUUUCUUCACAGAUAAUAUGUAUGGAAUUAUGACGAAUAUUCUAGUUGAUUAUGAAGAGUAACUCCACACAAAACAUAUUUUUCUCUCUCUCAGCAAACAAACGCAUGUAAUUGUCAGUCUAAUCUUUGGUUUCUGUUACAGAAGCGUGAACAUAAUAGUUUCUAUAAUGUUUCAGCUCCCAUCUGAGCAUCUAAGUCGUUGUAGUAUAGUGGGAACGAAGACGGGUGAUUACUCUGUCAAGUCGGGUUACUAUGUUGCUAUUGGAGCUGAGGGAGAUGGACCAGAAGCUGAAGGAGAUUUUAAGUGGACAAAUCAUGUAUGGAAGCUGGACUGUGCGCCUAAAGUGAAACUAUUCGUCUGGAAGGUUUUGAAAGGUGCGGUUCCGGUAGGAGAGCGAUUGCUCGAGAGGCACAUUGACAUCGACCCUAGGUGUAAACGAUGCGGAAGUAACGAAUCUAUCACUCAUCUCCUCUUCCACUGUCAGUUUGCACAGCGGGUGUGGCAUCUUGCUCCCCUUGCAACUGCCCCGGAUUUUAGAGGAAUGAUAGAUUUAAUGGCCGACUGGCCCGCACUGAGCAAUCUAAAAGCCUUACCACCAACCGGCAUAGCAUCGGGUAAUCUGGUCCCAUGGAUCUUUUGGAACAUUUGGAAAGCAAGAAACAGAUUCGUAUUUGAAGGUGUCUCUGCCUCUCCCGAGGAUACUCUAUCCUCUGCAAUCCGUUUGGCUCGAGAAUGGAGCAUAAGUGGAAAACCGGAGAAGACUGAAGGCAAGAAACAUCGACUGAUAGAGGUGCCAGUGUUAAGCGGAACGACGAGGAUACAGACAGAUGCAGCGUGGUGCUCAGCAAGGAAGAUUGCAGGUAUUGGUGGAAUCAUUCAUCUCCCUCCUCGCAAUAGGGAGAUCCAGUUGAAGAUGGAGUUUAUUGCAUCGCCCCUAAUGGCCGAAGGAUUAGCGCUGCGGGAAGUUAUGCUUAGAUGCCAAGACCUGGAGCUCCAUAACCUCAGAUUUGAGUCGGACUCUUCCCUUCUAGUUAAUUGCCUCAAUCAGGUUGUUUCCAUUGCAGAGAUGCAUAGUGUCGUUGCAGACAUCAUUGAACUGUCUCGUAGAUUUGCUUCUGUUGCUUUUGUGUGGAUUCCUCGUGAGAGGAAUGUUGAAGCCGAUAUGUUGGCAAAGAGAGCUUUAAAUGUAGCUGAACCUUUGUUGGUUGGGAAUGCUGUUAUUGCUCCCAACUAAAUUUCUCUUUCAAUUAAUAUAAGUGUUCCAAAAAAAAAAAAAAA